CGCGUUUUUCUGGAGGGUCAAAUUCUCAAAUGUUUUGAGCUAACGUUUUUUAUUUGUCUUACUUCUCAUUUAAUAUGCAUCGUGUGUUCUUGUUGCAGGCCACUGGUGUACACAGUGUCUGCCCUCCUACCAAUUGCCUACAUAAUUGGUCUGAUAUUCACACUGAAGACGCACUCCCACAUUUAUGACAUCCAUGUUGGAGGCGGACAGGAGAAUGGCCCCCAUGGAGCAGUGGUCCACUGGUCACGGUGGAGGUCUCUGGUCAUCCUCAUCAUGGCUACUGUGCUCACGUCUGCUUGUGCCGAUCUAGCCACCGAGCACAUCCAGCCCAUACUAAACCAGCCCAACGUCUCUCAGUAUUUCAUCGGGGUGACAGUUCUCGCCAUGGUGCCUGAGAUCCCAGAGAUUGUAAAUGGGAUCCAGUUUGCUCUCCAGAACAACAUCAGUCUAAGCUUGGAGGUGGGAAGCUGUAUUGCUGUUCAGGUCUGCAUGCUGCAGAUUCCAAUUCUGGUCGUAUUCAAUGCCUUCUACGAUGUGGGAUUUGUGCUGCUGUUCAGUGACAUGCACCUGUGGGCCAGUAUGUUCAGUGUGAUUCUUGUCAACUACAUCUUCAUGGACGGCAAGUCUGAUUAUUUUCAAGGCACAGCUCUGGUGGUCGUCUACCUCAUACUGCUGGCUAUGUAUUUCUUCGCUCCAUCUCCAACAGGCUGCUGACCGUGGGACUUUCAGCCCAAGUUACUUUUUAAAGCCUGAAAGUCAUUAGGCCCAAUUCCAAACUGCCCUCUUCAACCUACCACUAGACACUUCCUCCCACUUUGCGCAUUCACUUCAUACAUUUUAUUGUAAUGUUUUGAAUAUAUACACACAGGGACUGUUCCAAAAACUGAGCAGCUUAUGAAUAUCACAUUUUCAAACAAAAGUAGUUUUAAGUUAUUGUCUAAGAGAUCCUGAUUUGAAACAAUCAUGAAAAGUUACAGAAUUUUCUGUUACUCCUGGGGAGAGGAGAGAUGCCACUGUAUUUACACCCUCCACCUGAAAGAAGGGAACCGUUUAGCCGUGAAUGAGACUAUGCCAUCUACCCACUCAGUCAGUGGGGGGGAGUGGGGAGGUUUGGAAUUGGACCUUAAUGUGAAAUGUAAAACCCCUCCCUUUCUGACUACUUUCAGUGUAAAUUCUGACAGGUUUUUAGUAAUUAUUUAAAAGUCCGUACAACCAUGCAAAUGAAUGAGCCUUUUAAUAUCAGGCAAGUUGCACAUCUAUACUACUGUAAAAUGCAGCGUUUGUAAGAUACAUUUAACAAUGUCUCCUUAAACUCACUCUUACGGUCUUUGUAAACUGAAGAGAACAUCUGUAUGUUUUGUUUUUUGAUCAAAUACAACUGAAUAGUAUAUAACGUAUCUGCACUAAACCUUUUUGUUUAAAAAAAAUAAAAAGGUACUGGUAUAAUGUUUUUUAGACUUUAACUCCAAAAUGUGACAUUUUAGAUAAAACACUGGUACCCUAUAUAUGGAAAGAGUGGCAUGGCUGGCUGUGCUAGCUAGAAUAAUAACUCUCGUCAAUACAACAUUUUGAAAAAC